ACUAGGUCUAGUUUGUACAUCAACAACCCAACACACAAAAGGCUGUCUCUCUUUCUCUCCCUCUUUAUUAUCUUUGCAGAAAAGCCUUUAGAGUUCUGAGGAUCUGAGAGCCAAACACAAUGGAGGAAAGUCAAGAACUUGCUUUGACCCAGUUGAGAACAUCGGUCGAGAAACUCUCUUCUUCCACAGAGGGAUAUGAGAAACCAACGUUGAUGAGGUUCCUGGUGGCAAGAUCAAUGAAUCCAGACAAGGCAGCAAAGAUGUUUGUAGACUGGCAAAAGUGGAGAGCCUCCAUGGUUCCUCCAAAUGGGAUCCCAGACUCAGAAGUGAGAGAUGAGUUGGAGUUCGGAAAGAUCUGUCUUCAGGGUCCAACCAAAUCCGGACACCCUUUGGUGCUUGUCUUAUGCUCCAAGCAUUUUCCUGCCAAGAAUGCAGUUAACUUCAAGAAGUUUGUUGUUUAUGUACUAGACAAAACAAUAGCAAGUGGCAUCAAAGACAAAGAAGUAGGAGAUGAGAAGUUAGUAGCCGUUUUCGAUCUUGCUAACAUUACAUACAAGAACCUUGAUGCUCGUGGACUAAUCACCAGCUUUCAGUUCUUACAAUCUUACUACCCGGAACGCCUUGCAAAAUGCUACAUGUUGCAUAUGCCUGGAUUCUUCGUGUCCGUUUGGAGAUUCGUCUGCCGUUUUCUAGAGAAAUCUACUCAAGAAAAGAUUGUGAUAGUAACGGAUGGAGAAGAAGAGAUAAAAUUCAAAGAAGAGAUCGGAGUAGAUGCCUUGCCGGAAGAAUAUGGUGGCCGAGCUAAACUCACACUAAUCCAAGAUGUUCUUCUUCCUCAGACUGCUCCACAAAUGUGAACAAGCCAAAACAAUAACCAUGUUUAACUCUUCUUGAGAAGCAAUUAUAAAACACUAAACCCUGCUUUAAUCCAUUAUUAUUAAAUUUCAGUACUGCUUUACUCUU